AUGUCGGCACAUGGUAAGACCAAGGGUCCAACCGCCGCGCCGACCCGUACCGCGACUCCCAACACGUCGCAGCGCCUAAAACCAGCAAAGAUCGAUAAGUGGGUGAACUACGUUAAUGAAAAAUGUGGCCUAGGCAUCAAGCCUCGCGGAGUGGACUGGUCACCAAGCAAAUCGAGUCCAAACGACCUACGCAACAAGAUUUACGGGCGCAUGAAGUUUCUAGUUUACAAAAACGAGCCAGGUCUCGAACGGGCGAUUGACGACUUCAGCCUCCGUGCAUCGACCUUGCAACUCAAAGAGCAGUUGGCUCUUUUCUACAAGUUACUGUCUGGUGUGCCAAAUGUGGAUGCAGCGGCCUCCAAGGACAGCACCCAGGAGAUCGGCCGUCCUAGAAGCCUUGCGUCCUCCUUCCGCGAAGCAGCCAGUACAUCGCAGCCUCUCCAUCCACUGCGUACCGAUCGACGAGAUGAACGGGAGUCACGGGAGUCGUACAUGACUGCCAUAGAUCCAGGAUCACCCACAGACGAGGACACCGGCGAUGAGAUGAACCAAAGCCAUAAGGGACGCUCACCGUCACUUUCACCAUCACCAUCUUCCAGAUCAGCGCAUAAAUUGCCCCAGGCAAGUAAACAUGUCUCUUUCAGGAUGACGAGAAAACGACCCUUGGAGGAUUCUGAUGGUUCUGAGAAUCCGAAAAAGUUGACAAAAGCCCUGAAAGGAAAGCAGAUCUCCAAAGCAUUCACCUCAUCGCGUACUGCGCAGUCAGAAUUCAAGAGACCAGCUCGCGAAAUGGCUCCUUCUUUUCGGGCAGACGCUGAUGAACCACCCUCCUCAGCAAACACGUCCUUCAAUACCACCACUUUCUCAUCACAGGAGACCGCGAAUACCGUAGCAACUUCUUUCACAUCAAACAACAGCGACGUCAAUGUCUAUGAGAAAUACAUCUCAAAACCAAGAUUGAGCAGGACAAGCUCCACUACAAUGGGCUCGUUGAACGAUGAUGACCUCCUUCAGGCAGCAACCCAAUCUGACAGAGUUCCGGACUACAGAUUGUUCGAGCAGGAUAUCCAAAGAGACCUCAACGAAUCCUUCUCUCAAGGGAGCAGCGGUCAGACGCGAUCUACCUUUGGCUCUGUAGAUGAAGACGGACUUCUCAAUGCGUCGUUUGAAGUUGAAAAUGCGCAACUUGUAUCAGAUCCAACUCCGUGCGUCAAAGCCCCAGAACCCGAGGUUCCUACAAAGAUGUCAUACGAUAUUCGCGAUAUUCCCAAACAAAAUCUCUUUGUGGAAGACGACCCAAAGGUAUCAGGAGGCCUUCCCUAUUACAUUUUGUUUAUUUGCCUACGCAUUGCACUAGAAUCCGAUGUUUCUUUGCAAACGAUAACAAAUCUUGUUUCCCAGCCAAACAUCUACUCUAAUAGAGAUGAAUUCUGGAAAAGAAUAAAUGCCUACCUCCGGAGCGUGUCCAAACCUGCUAUCGAACCACGAGAUCCCGACCGCCUCUGGCAGGCAGAGAAACGGCGAUUCGAUGGCUACACAUUCAAGGGCAACUUGACGAUUAACGCCAAACAAAACGGCCCAGUUAUGUGUCUUAAGCUGUCCCCGGUACUAGCGGAUAGGUCGUGUCGAUUGCAGCGAAUGUUUGGUUCAGACCGCUUUCUUUACCUGGACCUGCCAAAAUUCGACGUAGGCAAAACUGGACGCUUCGACAAAAAGCAAAUGCAACAAAUCCGGAAGCAGUUGAUAGAAUGGUUGAAGGAAGAGCAUUCAUUUCUUGGCCGCAAGUGGAGGGCGUUCCACAUCGACACCUUGAAAAAGGGCAAGGGCACUCGUCGGAGCGAUGCAAUGCAUGAUAAGAGGAUAGUUCUUUUUGCAACCCAAGGCAUUGGUAUUGAGGAACCUUGUACAAUCCAUCGGAUGCUGAACAAGUUCUUGCCCCUGGCCCUAAACAGAGACCAGCCCAUUUGCAAAGCCUUUGCUCGCAUCGACCUUGGCCUCUCUCGGACCAUACCUACCCUUGUCUUCAGCCCGGAACAGAUUGAAUUUGUACACGACAAGCUAAGUACAGACGACUUGGAAGACACACAGUUCGACGACCGGAAACUGGACUGGCCUACACCCCCCGAAGGAACUGUGAUGGACGAUGGAUGCUGCGUUAUAUCAGUGGGCGCAGCGAUAGAGAUAUGGAGGCUCAUCAAGGAAGCCACUGGGGCUCAUGCCCCCAUGCCCAGUGCUUUCCAAGGACGUAUUGGUGGUGCUAAAGGACUCUGGAUAAUUAGUGCAGAGCCAUUCACCAAGGAUCCCUACCAUCUGGGGCGCUGGAUCAAGAUCAACAAGAGCCAACGGAAAUUUAACCCGCCAAACGAUAAUUCAGUUCAUCACCGUACUUUUGAGGUAUCAAACUAUAGCUUACCGCCUUCUCCAUCCGAGCUACACACAUCCUUCAUUCCGAUCUUGGAAGACAGAGGCGUACCAAAGUCGGUGAUCUCCGACUUUGUGCGUAACUGCCUCGAAAAGGAGAGCAUGGAGCUGCUGGAAAUUAUCCGAGACCCCGCAAGAGUGUAUCACUGGGUGUAUCAAAACGGUGCGAAAACGAAACCCGGCGAAGACGCAUCCUGGCAAGGAGGCCAACCUAUAACUCUUGAGGAAAUCAUUCAGCAUCUACUACAAUCUGGAUUCGAGACCUUGAAGUGUCGGUAUCUUGCCCAAUGUCUUAUGCGCUUUAUCGAGGGGAAGCAGAUGUUUCAAGAAGCCAAGUUACGGAUAUCACUUCCACCGUCGACAUUUGUUUAUGGAGUACCGGAUCCGUUUGGGGUUUUAAAGCCGGGAGAGAUUCAUCUGCAGUUUUCGACGCAAGAAUCAUUCAUGGAAAAGAUGACAGAUGAGACAUACCUCCUCCCGAGAGAGACGGAAGUCCUAGUCGCUCGCCAGCCUGCUUGUCGCCCUUCUGAUAUACAGAAGGUACGCAAGAUUGUUCAUCCCGCACUAUCACAUUUGGUAGAUGUAGCUGUCUUUCCGUCGAUAGGCCGCUAUCCGUUGGCUGGUAAAUUGCAGGGAGGCGACUACGACGGUGAUAUAUUCUGGAUAUGCUGGGAGCCCACACUUGUACAGCCGUUCUCCAAUGCUCCUGCGCCAAUCGAGUCUCCAGACCCCUUAGUGCAUGGGAUCUCCACCAUGGCAAAAAAGAUGAUGGAAAUCAUUGACAAGCAGGAUCCAGAAAACGUGGAUAUCUUUCUCAGAGAAGCUUUCGCGUUCCGCGACUACCCUUCAUUUCUCGGCCAAGUCAUCAUCCUUGCAGAAAAACAGGCCUACAAAGAAAACCGCAUCUGGUCUCCAGUGCUCAGCUGGCUCUACAACAUGCACGACCUGCUCGUCGAUGCGUCCAAGCAAGGAUACAUCCUCACGCUCGAGAACUACAAUCGUUUCGUGCGCCAAAAAUGCAAAAACCCCAAACAACCUGCCUACAAAAGGGCGAUUGAGGAUUGCACAAACGCAAAGGGUCCCUCAGACAUGGAGACGCGUCGAAAAAAGGACUACCGCCCCAAUCUCAACAACAUCCUAGACUAUCUAUACUUUACCGUAGUAAGGUUUCAAAACUUCAAGACAAUGGACCAAGUCAUGAAAAUCCUACCCCCAGUCGACGAGCUCGACGAAGCAUUAGUAACGCCAGUCAAUUACUUCAAAGAAAAGCCACAUGACAUAUUCAAACAGGAGUACGCCGCUCUCCGCGCGAAAUUCGAUCCAAUCCGCGCAAUCUGGAACAGGGGAUGGCACCAGAAAAACAACACGAGCUCGGGUUCCUACGCCUUCAUCGACGAAUGCCGCCGCAAAUUCCUCGCCAUCGCGCCCGAAAACCCAGACCAUCCUCGCAUGGAACCGUAUCUGGAACGCUGCUUCCCCUGGCAGCCCUGUGGCUGGGACUCGAUCAAAGCGUCCGCCUUGUACGAAAUGUACCAGCUGCCCCUCGGCAAACCCAGCUUCAUCUUCUCCGUUGCAGGCGAGGAUCUAUGCAGGAUCAAAGCGAGCAGCUGUCCUGGCACAAGAUAUAUCGUCCUGUCUAUCCGCGCGAACUUGAAACCGAAACCUGUCAAGGGCCUUGUGCAGUAUGCAGCUGAUGGCGCUGACGCUGAUGAUGUCUACGACGACGAUGGCUACGACGACGACGACUUUCAUUCUGCGCUUGAAGACCCGGUCUUGGGAUGA